AUGGAUCCUCUGCAAGCUGUUCAGGAUGCCAUGAGCGACAGCACAAACGACAGCUCGGGCAUCCCCUCACCACAGUUUGCGCUCCUCAACUACUUCUUUCCUGGGUACUCGGUGCUUGUCUCGACGCUCAAUACUAGCCUCGGCGCCGACUUGAACCAGUACUUGCCCUACGUCAUUUCUGCCAUCGCCGUCGUAUUCUCCUGGCGCUACGUCUGCGACACCGUCAUGAACCACGUCGAGAACAGCUUCAUGUCCUCGUUCACCGUGCAUACCGACGACGAGACGUACAACAUCCUCAUGUGGUGGAUGACCCAUCAGCCCUUUUGCCGCGCAACGCGCAAUUUUGUCGUCAACACAUCCGUCUACUCGCGCAGCGACUAUCUCUACCGCUCUCACGACGACAGCGAUGACGACUACAGCGAUAGCGACGACGAGCCCGACAGCGUCCAGGACGACGCCGCCGGAGGAGGACAAGGAGACGGCCUUGCGCUGUCCUCCAGCCGCGGCAAGCACGUCCUCCACUACACGCCCUCGGCCGGCACGCACUGGUUCUGGUACCGCGGCCGCCCGUUGCGCUUCGCCCGCCGCCAGACAAAGGACAAGAUCAGCCUGCGUAACCCCAGCGAGCAGGAGGAGCUCUGCGUAUCCUGUCUCGGACGCGACCCUGGCAUACUGAAGCAGCUCCUCGCCGACGCCCGGCUGCUCUACCUGCGAAAGGACGACCGCAAGACCAUCAUCUACCGUGCCACUAGCUCCGUCUCCCCUUACGGCACUGAUAGCUACUGGCAGCGCUGCAUGGCCCGUCCGAACCGCGACUUCUCCACCGUCAUUCUCCCAGAAAAGCUCAAGCAGGACAUCAUUGCCGACGCCGGCGACUAUCUCGAGCCUUCUACGCGCCGCUGGUAUGCCAAUCGCGGCAUCCCCUACCGACGAGGCUAUCUCCUCUACGGUCCACCCGGCACGGGCAAGAGCUCUCUCAGCGUGGCUCUCGCGGGCUACUUUCGCAUGAAAAUCUACAUUGUCAGCCUGAGUUCCCUCACGGCUACCGAGGAGCACCUUGCAUCGCUUUUUGCCGAGCUCCCCACCAAUUGCAUUGUGCUUCUGGAAGACAUUGACACGGCUGGUCUGACCCAGACGCGUGAGACCAAGGAAGAUGAGGACAAAGACGGUAGUGACAAGACUCCUUCUCAGAAACAGCUGUCCCUCUCCGCGCUUCUCAAUAUUCUCGACGGCGUUGCCGCGCAAGAGGGUCGCGUUCUUAUAAUGACCACCAACCACCUCGAGAACCUCGACAAGGCCCUCAUCCGCCCCGGCCGAGUGGACAUGAUCAUCCCCUUCUCCCUCGCCGACGCCGACAUGAGCGCGUCCAUUUUCAGGGCCAUAUACACGCCAUUUGACGGCGAGCUCGGCGAAGGCGCCGUGACCAGAGGCGAUGAGAAGAAGACGCUCAUUGACGAGAUUGCUAUCCUCGCCAAGGAAUUUGGUCGUCGCAUCCCUCCGGACGAGUUUAGCCCUGCCGAGAUUCAAGGUCUGCUCUUGCGCCAUAAGCGCUCCGCGCACACGGCCGUCGAUGCCGUCGAAGAGUGGGUGGAGCAGAUGCGAGUGGAUAAAAAGAACAAAGCGGAGAGGGAGAAGAAGGAACAGGAGGAAAAGGAGCAAAAGGAAAAGGAAAAGAAGGAGAGGAAGGAUAAAAAGGCAAAGGAGAAAAAGGCCAAGAAGAAGGGAAAGAAGAAGGGUGGCAAGGACAAAAAGAAGCACGAGGAUGAAGACGACACAGACAACGAAGAGGAUAAAGACGAGACAGAAGACAGCGACGAUGAAAGCGACUGA